AUGUGUGGGAAGGUAAGUACGUAAGGAUGAUGUGACUUCAUAGUCCGCGAAAGGGGAUAACAGCUGGGCGCGUGUUCCUGGAGCCCUGUCCAUCGCCUCCUCGCCAGGCCCCGUCUCUCCCCCUGCCCCUCCCUCCCGAGCGGAUCCAACAACGGCUCGUCGAUGCCCAAUCCUAUCCGCUCAUUAGUGUCCUAAUCUUCUCGGGACGACCCCACCAGCCUUCCCGCUAAUCCAAUCCUUUCCGACGCCGGCAUCGACCUCCGCCGAGCUGUCUCACCCAUCCCGACAUGGCUACAGUUGUUGUGACCUCGGAGGCACCAGCACUCAACCUCCGCACCGAAUCGUCGAGGUCCUCCCUCUCCGCGUCCGCCGAAUCAUCCCUCUCAGCAUCCACCUCCACCUCUCUGGACACCCCCACUCGCGCGUCCAUCCUCAGAACCUCCAGCUCCAGCUCCGUCGCGAGCACACCCGGGGGGAACAUCUCCUUCGCCCCGCUCCCGGCCCUCGAGCCCCGUCGCCGGAAGUCCAAUGUCGCGCUCGGAGUUGCCGCGCGCUCGCGCAUGUUGGCCAUCCGCCGGCAACUGCGUGAACAGGGGAUCAACCCCAACCUCGCAACACAGCUCCCCCUUCACUUCCCCGCGGACGGCUCGCCGCCCAUCCCAAUCUGGGAGCACGACCCCGAAGCGGAGCUGCGCGACGAGGUGGACGACGACCUCGGCACGGACCCCGCGGAGGAGGCCUUCGCCGCUAUCGGCAAGUUCGUCAAGGGCGCGACGCGGACGCUGUUCCGGCGAAAGUCUUCCAAAGACGCCAACACCAACACCAACAGCGACAGCGCUGCGUCUCAGCCACCCCUCCCUGCGGGAACACCCGGUAAGAAGGUGUCUAGGUCACGAUCCAUGGACCAUAUCUUCAGCCCACCGCCAGAGGACCUUCGCAAAGACAACGAAGAGGGCGGAGUCUGGGAGGAGGAGGUCGGAUCAAAUACGUGGGCACAGCUACGGGCGAGGACACAAUCAGACUCGGCGAAUGUAAGCGCGGAUAUCGCGUACAAGCGGACGAGCACGGUGGAGGUUAUUGGGAAGAAGAAAAAGACGGAGACGCUGACUCGGAAGAAAACACCCACGACGGAAACGAAGACGGAAACAGAGACGGAGGUGAAGACUGAAGUGAAUAUGGAGACGAGCGUGGAGACUACGACGGAACCCACGACCACAACGACUAUUACAACCACGACAACAGAGUAAUUCACGCUCAUUGUCGUCGUGGUUUCUUGGGUUAUCUCUCACGUCGGGAACGACGCAAUUCUGGCAUCCCUUGCUGUCUCGUCUGACCGGUGCAACAGGUGCCGUUUCUAUGUUAGCAUCGUACAAUAGCGCACAUUCGGUCUUCGUAAUUCGCUGGCAUACCCUUGGUUAUUUCGUCGUAUCAUGGCUCAUGGGUUCCAUUGCACCUACAAAUUGAUUGCUCAUGCUCAUGCACACUCUGCGAUGUUACGUUUGCGACCCGAUGGUGGCGUAUCAUGAGCAGCAUGAGGUGACGCACACAGCAUCUACUUACAUAGUAUGAUCAGCGCUCCCAUAAUCGUAGCCUCCAACACACGACUAAGAUAUUCAGCA